CCUCGAAAAACGGCUACCAGUAGCUUCUCCGGACUCGAGAGCGUUUCUGAGGCAAACAGUUGCUUACCGCAGAGAUGAGAGAAUGUCGAGGGAGCUUCGGAGACUUCUUCUUAGCAGAGGAACCUCCUCGAGAGACGAAGUCAGGUGCAGCGCCCUGCAGAGGCGCGUCAACUUUUCGAGGCAUCGCGAGCGAGUGCGAGACACGACGCCACAGAAAGAAUUGCCAAAGAAGAGGUCCUUUUUGGAAAAAAUUCUUCUUCUUCUCGUGUCUGUGAAAGGUACUGUGAAUUUCUGAGUCUGCAAACGGUGCAUUCUGCAUGAUGUUCCGGCGUCUUCCCCUCGCAGCUCGGCUGGAGUGACAGCUGAUCUCGCGCGGUGUCUCUUUUUUCUCUUUGACGUCUCGACCAGUACUGCUUCAUCUCCGUUUCCUUCAUCUGGGCCUUCCUCAGAUUCCCCAUUGUGUCUGCUCUUCCUUUCUUUCCGUCGUCUCUGUUCUUCUUCCGCUCCCUCUUCUCUUUCUCUUCUUCUUCUCGUUCUCUCUCUGCCUCACCUGCUGCUUGCCGUCGGCUCUUCUCUUCUUCUUUUCGUCGGUCUCUCCUCCUCGUUCGUUUUCAGCGUCUGCGGAGCCAUGUGGUAUGGACAGCUGGUGAUUGGUCCACCAGGGAGUGGAAAAAGUACCUACUGCAAUGGCAUGCAGCAAAUGCUUCGGGCGCUCCAUCGGCCGCACAUCGUCGUCAACCUCGAUCCUGCAAAUGACUUCCUGCCCUACGACUGUGCAGUCAAUCUGCGCGACCUCAUCGACCACAAAGAAGUCAUGGAAAAGCACCGUCUCGGCCCAAACGGAGGACUGCUUUACUGCUUGGAGUAUCUCCUCGUCAACAUUGACUGGCUGACGGAGAAAUUAACCAGAGAUUUCAAAGGCCAUUACAUUCUGCUGGACUGCCCCGGACAGGUUGAGGUGUACACACACCACGAGUGCAUGCAGCGAAUUGUGCAGCGCCUGCAGAAAGACCUGGACGCCCGACUCACAGCUGUCCACCUCGUCGACAGCACCCUCUGCACGGACGGCUACAAGUACAUCAGUGCCCUCCUCGUCUCCUUGAGCGGACAGCUUCUCCUCGAGCUUCCCCAUGUAAACGUUCUGUCGAAAAUCGACCUCUUGAAACACCAUCGAGAUCAACUGGCGUUUCGCCUGGAGUAUUUCGCAGAGGUGCAGGACCUCAGCGAACUUGUCACAGCAAUGGAGAACACACAUCCGAUGACGGCAAAGAUGAAGGAACACACGGAACUUCUUUGCGAACUCAUCGAGGACUACAACCUCGUUUCGUUCAGACUUCUCGACAUUCAGGAGAAAAGCUCUGUCCUCAGUCUCCUCAAAGUCAUCGACUUAGCGAACGGCUACAGCUUAGGAAACAUGGCCGCGGACUUCAACAUCUUCAGUGUGUCUCUCGACAACACAGAAGACACAGCCGACCUACUAGACACGAUCCAGGAGCGGUACGUCGACUUAGACGAAGACGACGAUCCCGACAAACGCUGAGAGAACGCCCUGUCUCCGUCGUCCCCUGUACUUCCAUCUGUCUUCGCCCUGCGUAACUCUGCUUCUCCGCCUUGAGUAAAUCUCCUGAUUUCCUCUCCGUUUGUUUCCUGUGUGUCGCCGCCUGCCUCUGUUUCGUCUGUCUCUGCGCUGCGGACUUGUGACCAGCCGCUUCGCUGCCAUGGCAGUCGAGCGAACGCUGAGCUGGCCAGCAGCGACGGCCCACUGUAUCUGACCCUUGACGAAAGCAACACAAGUUGAACAUAUGGAAAACUUAUGUUCAGGUGGAGUGUACUGGGAGUGCCUCCAAAUUCCGAGGUCCGCAUGUGAGCAGUGUUUAAGCGAUUCAGCUCCCGCUUUCGAUUUCGGUUGCAUGCGAGGGAUUCUGACUUCUCAUUUCAAAGAGCUCUGUGCAGCUCACCACUCUUGUGCGUCGAUACGGACAUCCCAGGGACUCAGCUUCCUCCCUGUGUCGUUAUAUCCAUCUGCCUCCUCUGCAUCUCUUCUCCCACUGCGUAUCCAUAUCUAUCAAUAUCGAUCGAUUGAUAUUUAACUAUCUAUAUUUGUUUAUCAGUCUAUCUCUACCUAUUUAUGUAUCUCUCUAUCGAUAUCUGUAUCUCUAUCUGUGUCUAAAUAGAUCUAUCGUUCUAUCUAUAUAUG